AUGGCAUUCAACGACUAUUUCGUUCUCAGCUUCAUUGCUCUUAUUCUUGUUAGCUCAUCCAAAGUUACUUGCACAGAAACAGAUGUAGUUGAACCUAUUGUUGACAUUUCAUUAAGUAGGAGCAGUUUCCCUGAAGGCUUCAUCUUUGGGGCGGGAUCCUCGUCCUACCAGUUCGAAGGUGCAGCAAUGGAAGGUGGUAGAGGACCAAGUAUAUGGGAUACCUUUACCCAUAAAUAUCCAGAAAAGGUCAAGGAUAGAAGCAGUGGAGAUGUAGCCAUUGACACGUAUCACCACUACAAGGAAGAUGUUAAAAUCAUGAAAGAUAUGAAUUUGGAUUCAUACAGAUUCUCCAUAUCUUGGUCUAGGAUACUUCCAAAAGGAAAGCUAAGUGGAGGUAUAAAUCAAGAAGGAAUAAACUAUUACAACAACCUCAUCAACGAGUUACUGGCUAAUGGUAUACAACCAUUUGUGACUCUUUUCCAUUGGGAUCUUCCCCAAGCCUUAGAAGAUGAGUACGGUGGCUUCUUAAGCCCUCGCAUAGUAAAAGAUUUUCGGGACUAUGCGGAACUUUGCUUCAAGGAAUUUGGUGAUAGGGUGAAGCAUUGGGUUACUUUGAACGAGCCAUGGAGUUAUAGCAAGAAUGGCUAUGCAAAUGGGCAAAUGGCACCAGGACGUUGUUCUGCUUGGUUGAAUCCAAAUUGCACUGGUGGUGAUUCUGCAACAGAACCUUAUUUGGUUACGCAUCAUCAACUUCUUGCUCAUGCAGUGGCCGUAAGAGUGUACAAGACCAAGUAUCAGGCAUCUCAAAAGGGUUUGAUAGGCAUAACCUUAGUAGCUAAUUGGUUCUUGCCGCUCUCAGAUACCAAAUCUGAUCAAAAGGCUGUAGAAAGAUCAAUGGACUUCAUGUAUGGAUGGUUUAUGGAUCCACUAACAUUAGGACACUAUCCAAAAAGUAUGAGAUCCAUCGUGGGAACACGAUUGCCAAAGUUCACUACAGAGCAAGCCAGACUACUCAUUGGUUCAUUUGAUUUUAUUGGACUAAACUAUUACUCUUCAACUUAUGCCGCUGAUGCACCUCUUCUAAGCAAUGCUAGACCUAGCUACCUAACGGAUUCUCUAGUCAACGCAGCAUUUGAACGCGAUGGGAAACCCAUAGGGAUAAAGAUUGCUUCCGAUUGGUUGUAUGUUUCUCCAAGAGGAAUUCGUGACCUUUUGUUAUACACCAAGGAAAAGUACAAUAACCCUUUGAUUUACAUCACUGAAAAUGGUAUAAAUGAAUUUGAUGAUCCAACACUAUCAGUUGAGGAGUCUCUUAUGGAUACUUUCCGAAUUGAUUAUCAUUAUCGCCAUCUCUUUUAUCUUCGAUCUGCAAUUAGGAAUGGCGUGAAUGUAAGGGGAUAUUAUGUAUGGUCUUUGUUCGAUAAUUUUGAAUGGUCUUCUGGUUACACAGUGCGAUUCGGAAUGACCUUUGUGGAUUAUAAAAAUGGCUUAAGAAGAUACCAAAAGCUCUCUGCAUUGUGGCUCAAGAAUUUUCUCAAGAAAGAAAAUAGACUGUAUGAUUCCAUAAAAAAAAUUACGAGUUUAUUCAUUCAUUAAAAAUUUAUAUUUGUAAAU